GUUCUAAUCAAUGCUCUGUCUCUGUUUUUCUAUGUAACAAAAUGAAAAAGAAGUAAAAGAGUUUUUUAACUUUCCAGUUUACUGAAAAAGUAAAAGUACUUUAACUUUCCAGACACUUUUAUCACUGAUUUUUGCUUCCAGAGACCUUAUCAGGAGCAAUUUGUUUGUUGAGCUGACUUAAAUAUUUUUCUUUGUUAACCCUUCCCAUCCUGUCUUGAAAAAACUGUGCUGUUUUUAGUGUUGUGAUAUUUUUGCUCCCCGGGGCUUUUUCUGGUCACAUUACAGCUCUUAGUUGUAUAUAGCCUAUGCAUGCAAUUUGCGAGGGAUGAUGCUCUGGCCUUUUUGUUUUUAUUUGGUUUUGGUUUGUGGUCAUUCUCCUUUGGGCAGUUGCAUAGCAUAUUUGCUAUUAGUUGUGCCGUACUCUCAAAUCUACAAACAGUGACAGCAUGUGGCAGCUGGUACCAUCAAAUCCUGGAGGGCAGGGUGUGCGUGGUACCAGUUGAAAGAGGAGAACAGAUGUGGUGUUGGUUGAAAUAACAAGCUGUUUGCUUUUGAAAGCUGCUCUUUUGCAGAUGUUCUCAGUUAGCGAACUCUUACCCUGUUGAAGCAAUGCAUUUCGGUGGUGUUACUUUUAUCCUUAAAACUACAAGAGUGGUAAAAAAUAAGCACCGCCAUUGCAUGAGGACUGCCAUCUUGUGCAUGUCUGGUGGCCCAGAGGGAGUAAGGUAUCAUCUGGACUGUCCCGUGGGUUUUGGGUGGUAGCAGCAGGGUCUGGAAGGGAUGAGUGAGAGUGGCUCCUUGGAGCAGAGGAAGACAAAGAGAGGAGGAGCGACAGCAGCAAAGUGGUUGCAGAGCUGUGCCUGCUGGACCUCCUUUGGCCAGGAGCCAGGGAGGUCUGUCCUGCCGCGGGGCAUGGCUGAAAUCACAAACAGUUCUGUUCAUGUGAUCCACUGGACAAGUUUCUGUCUGCACUGAUUACUGAUUGCAGGGCUUAAAUGCUGCUAAGGAAAUAUAAAGAAUAUAAAUAAAAUGAUUUUUUUUUUUUAAACAAGCAAACAGCCCCCUCCUUUUAUUUUUUUUUUAUUUUUUUUUUCUCCUUUUUUCUUUCACCGGCCCUUGUUUUACCUAUUAUUGACAUGCAUUUCAGGAGAGGCUCUGGGCCUCUCUGCUCCUGCCUUGUGUGACCUAUUGAUAUGUGGUAUCACCAGGCUCCCAACCCUCCCUGAGACCCCAGACCCACUCCCUGGCCCCUAAGGGUUCCAAUGCCAGCACUGUGUGCUUUGCUUUCUAAGUGGUAAAGUUUUCCUUUGCACGCUUGUCUUAAGGUCUGGAAAAUAAAACCCCUUUCUGUUGGUCCAUCAUGCACCAUACUAUCAAAGUUUAUUCUUUUUGCCACUUUACAUCUCCCUGUGUGCACCUUUCUAUUGAGGACUGCUCACCUACAGUGAGAAACUCAUGGAUGCUGUAUCAUCUGCAACAGAAAACAUGCUUAUUCCUUCACAAUGCGGGCUGCAUCCUAAAACAAAUCCUGUCUUCAGUUGUUUGCCUGCCCACCUCAAAUUCUGUGUCCAGUUUGGGGCCCCUCAGUACAAGAAAGACAUUGAGGUGCUGGAGAGGUUCCAGAGAAGGUCAAUGAAUGAGGUUUCUAAUAUCAGAAAUUUGGGGAGGUUUCUUUGAAAACUACUUCUGCUAGAAGAAUGGCGUCAUCCUCUCUACAAAUUUGUGCCUUGCUGCUGGCUUUAGCGGGAUUCACUAUUUCACUUGUUACUACCAUGUCCAACAGAUGGAAAAUUUCGGACGUGACAACGGUGCUCGUUACUACAGACUGGAUUUAUGAAGGUCUUUGGAUGGAAUGUGCAGUGGUUUCUUUGGGAUCAGUACAGUGCAAGAAGUUUCCCUACAUGUUGAGUUCAGAGAUUCACAUUCAGGCAUGCCGUGCUUUGAUGAUUACUUCCAUCCUUUUGGGAUUCCUAGCUGCAGUGAUCGCGCUGCUUGGUUUGAAGUGCACAAAGGUUGGGUUGAGCGAUGAAGAAGCAAAAAUGAAGUUUGCUGUCACAGGAGGAUUUCUUUUUAUUUUAGGAGGUCUCUGCUCCAUGGUGGCUGUUUCUUGGUACGCUGCGAUGGUUACGGCUCAAUUUUUUGACCCAUUGUUUGCUGGAACCAAGUAUGAACUAGGAGAUGCUCUGUACUUAGGCUGGGCUGGAUCUGUUCUUUACAUCGUUGGUGGGAUCUUACUGACCUGUUCAUGCAAAGGGAAGAAAAAGCAGGAUUACAGUUGCAACAAAUACGCAUAUUCAGCAGGGCAGGCAGCUCAGCAGCACCGCAUUUACACCAAAGACUCCGAGACAGUCAUAAGCAACAAGGAGUAUGUCUAAAGUUACCUUUUACGUCGCUUGUAACGUUAGUAGGUUAUGAACUCAAAUAAAGAAGUGAACUACUUCCAGGGAUCCAGUUCCAAGUUGCAAUUUUUCAUCUUAAUUUGGAGCAGUACACGGAGGAGGUAUGGUUUUCAAUGUAAAUAGGAAUGGUGUUCUGGGAAUGUUUUUCAAAUGUAAAUAGGUUUCUACUGAAAAUGCUGUGAUGUGAAAUCCAGUGGCAUGAAGGUUUUCUGCAUGCUGGAGAAGCCUGGUAAAAUUUAACCACAGCGUGCCUUGUAUUCUGACAAUCAAGAGCAACUGUUUCUAUUUCAGCUGACUCAGAAAUGCGGAACUGAUAUGCUGUAGCUGACUGCAAGCUAAUACGCCUCAGUUAGAAAUGUGUUGUGUUUUCAUUACUGUUUAGCUUCCUGCUUUUGUUUAGCAGCUUUAGCCUUUUACGGGAAAUAAACUUUAUUCCACAGGCUGACUGAAACAGAUUUUUUGAUGAGUGGUAUCCUGGCCAUUAAUAAGGAUAAAGUCUACGUACUGUGAGCUUGAAGUCUCCUGUUACACUGAAUGUCAUAUUAUGUAUGAUAGUCUAGAUUUAUGAAAGCUACAAAAAAUUCUUUAAUAACCACUCACCUCCAAAUCUGCAGAUGUGCAACAGAUUUCUUGUUGCUUGUAACGGAGCCAUCAAAGAUAAGUGAUACAGAAUGAACCAAAGCUGGGAAUGGAGAAAGUGCCUUGUGA